GCAAGGAGCUUUGAGGCGCUCACAGAUUCACCAGACUUUUUCGAUAAAUGCACUGCAGAGCUUCUGAAGAGUUCUAAUAGGCUGACUAAGGUUAUUGAACCAGCUAUGUUUCUAAUCCUGUUAAUGUCAGGAUUCUACCCACCGGCUGUCAGUCUCUCUUAUCACUAUUACUUUGUUGACAUUGGAAUGACUUGGCCUGAAGCUCAGUCUUACUGUAGAAAGACCUAUGAUGAUCUGGCUACCAUUGAGAAUCAAGACGAUAUGCAAAGGCUGAUUAACAGUAUAGGCCUUGCUUACACGGGAGCAGCCUGGAUAGGACUUCAGAAGCCAGGUGGAUGGAUGUGGCAGUGGUCCCUAGAAGAGCAAAGCUUCUACAGCAAUGUUGAGUUCUAUAACUGGGCUCUGGGUGAACCAAACAAUAACGGUGGACAGGAGAACUGUAUUGUCAUAAGAAACUCAGGAUACUGGAAUGAUUAUACCUGCGAUUUCCUGUCCUACUUUGUUUGCUAUGACGGUAGAAAUUCCAAUCAAAGAUACAUCUGGAUUACGAUAUUUAUGACAUGGACUGACGCUCAGAGUUACUGCAGAAAAUAUUACACAGACCUUGUCACUAUUAACAAUCUGCAUGAGAACCAGCUGAUAUAUGCUGAAGUGGCACAGGGGACACAGGUGUGGAUUGGAUUGUUUAGGGACUUCUGGCAGUGGUCAGACCAGGCAAACUCCACAUUCUACAGCUGGAAAUUAGCAGAACUGGGGAUGAUGACAGACAAUUCAAAGAGAUGUACUUCUAUCGACUCUUCCGGAAAUUGGAAGAGUCAAUACUGUCUUAACAGUUACCCAUUUGUCUGUUAUAGAGCCAUCACCGGACUAAAAACAGUGGUCAGUGUGAAAAUCAGAACUGACGGAGAUGUAACAGACUACAGCGAACUUGUUUUAAUGCAGGUCAGUUGA